GUCGCUCCGAACCGUGCUGGGCUAAGGGCGCGACCGCGCCGCUGGGAAGGCGAGCUGCACCGUGGUACGCCGAGCUUCCCUGGUGGGUUUCACCGUAGGUUGUCCAGCUACCCGCUCUACGCCAUGGAUCCACAUCUCUUCGACUACGCAGAGCCGGGGAACUACUCGGACAUCAGCUGGCCGUGUAACAGCAGUGACUGCAUCGUGGUGGACACCCUGCAGUGCCCUGUCAUGCCCCACAAGAGCGUGCUCCUCUAUACGCUGUCUCUCCUCUACAUCUUCAUCUUUGUCAUUGGCAUGGUCGCCAACUCCGUGGUGGUCUGGGUGAACAUCCAGGCCAAGACCACGGGCUACGACACGCACUGCUACAUCCUGAACCUUGCCAUCGCCGACCUGUGGGUCGUCAUCACCAUCCCGGUGUGGGUCGUCAGCCUCGUACAGCACAAUCAGUGGCCCAUGGGCGAGCUCACCUGCAAGAUCUCGCACCUCAUCUUCUCCAUCAACCUCUUCGGCAGCAUCUUCUUCCUCACAUGUAUGAGUGUGGACCGCUACCUCUCCAUCACCUACUUCACUGGCACUUCCAGCUGCAAGAAGAAGACAGUGCGGCGCAUUGUCUGUGUCCUGGUGUGGCUGCUGGCCUUUUGCGUGUCCCUGCCUGACACAUACUACCUGAAGACCGUCACAUCCGCAUCCAACAACGAGACCUACUGCCGGUCCUUCUACCCAGAGCACAGCAUCAAGGAAUGGCUCAUCGGCAUGGAGCUGGUCUCCGUCAUCCUGGGCUUUGCUGUCCCUUUCUCCAUCAUCGCCAUCUUCUACUUCCUGCUGGCCAGAGCCAUCUCGGCAUCUGGUGACCAGGAAAAGCACAGCAGUCGGAAGAUCAUCUUCUCCUAUGUGGUGGUCUUCCUCGUGUGCUGGCUGCCCUAUCACGCCGUGGUGCUCUUGGACAUCUUCUCCAUCCUGCACUACAUCCCCUUUACCUGCCAGCUGGAGAACGGCCUCUUCACGGCCCUGCAUGUCACACAAUGCCUGUCGCUGGUCCACUGCUGUGUCAACCCCGUGCUGUACAGCUUCAUCAACCGCAACUACAGGUACGAGCUGAUGAAGGCCUUCAUUUUCAAGUACUCAGCCAAAACCGGCCUCACCAAGCUCAUUGAUGCCUCCAGAGUGUCAGAGACCGAGUACUCCGCGCUGGAGCAAAGUGCUAAGUGAGCCAUCUGCGGGGCCUGGGGACGUGCGCUUGCGGGGCUGGGGCGUCGUCGGCCACUUGGUUUCUGAAGAAGGGCAGAUUAGCUCUGGGCUUUGAGGCUUGGGAGAUGCGCAGAAGAGCGGUGUGACAUUGUGUGUCCUUUCUCGGACCAGAGAGGAGGUCGCCCUGGUGAGCGGUCUGACAGCUUGACAAAAGAAGCUCUGGCCAUGGUGGGCGGCUUCAGGAUGGCCAACCUGGGCAUGUGUGCAACAGCACCUCCUGGGUCCCGAUGUUUUUCUCUUCUGGUGACUUUAUUUAAGUUUUAAGACAUUAUUUUCUCACUAUUGCUGUACCUUAUAAGUGUAUUUGAAAGUUAAAAUAUAUUUUAAAUAUUGUAUGGAAGGUAUAAUGCUGACACGCCCAGAUCAUUGUAGUUUUAGGUUAGUUUGACUUCAGUCUUGGCUAAGGAUGGCAGCAUUGUUAGCUGAUUUGAAAUGAUAUAUAUAUAUGUAUAUAUAUAUAUAUAUAAAAUAUAUAUAUAAGUAUAUGCCAGUGUCGGCUCAGAUGUUCUAUUUACGAUAGUUUUAUACCUGUGCGGUGCUUUGUACCACACAGAUAUGGAGCAAAAGCUGCUCCAUAAGGCAGCAUGUGACAUCCAGAGUAUUGUAAAGUUUUGCUUAAAACCAGACUGUUUAGACUGCAAAUCUGUGCCCAAAAUGAACAGAGAGGUCUCUCAAUUUGUAACUUAUUUUUUUUAAAUAAAAAUUGUUUUGUUUCCUAAAA